AAGCCGUGCGCUGCUGCUCUCUCUCCAGCUGGCCCUCGUGAACGGCCUCGCUCUAACGACGCUGUAGCUCGGCACCAUGUCUGCGAUAAAGGCGCUUAACCCGAAAGCGGAGGUCGCCAGGGCUCAGGCGGCCCUGGCCGUGAACAUUAGCGCGGCUCGGGGGCUUCAGGAUGUUCUGAAGAGUAACCUUGGACCGAAAGGGACCAUGAAAAUGCUUGUGUCCGGUGCAGGAGACAUCAAGCUUACUAAAGAUGGCAAUGUUCUGUUGCACGAAAUGCAAAUCCAGCAUCCUACUGCAUCCUUGAUUGCAAAGGUGGCCACAGCUCAGGAUGACAUCACCGGCGAUGGCACCACUUCCAACGUGCUCAUAAUUGGAGAGCUACUGAAACAGGCAGACCUUUACGUUUCUGAGGGCCUCCACCCCAGAAUCAUCGCAGAAGGCUUCGAAGCCGCUAAGGACAAGGCCCUGGAGGUGCUUGAGGAGGUGAAGGUCACCAAGGAGAUGGAUCGAGAGACUCUCAUCAAUGUGGCCAGGACCUCACUGAGGACCAAGGUUCACACACAGUUGGCUGACCUGCUCACAGAGGCUGUUGUGGACGCUGUGCUGGCCAUAAAGAAACCAAAUGAACCUGUUGACCUUUUCAUGGUGGAGAUCAUGGAAAUGAAGCACAAAACCGAGAGCGACACACAGUUGAUUAGAGGUUUGGUGUUGGAUCAUGGAGCCAGACAUCCAGACAUGAAGAAGAGAGUGGAGGAUGCUUUUGUCCUGACCUGCAAUGUUUCUUUGGAAUAUGAAAAAACAGAGGUGACCUCUGGUUUCUUCUACAAGAGCGCUGAUGAGCGGGAGAAGCUGGUAAAGGCUGAGAGGAAAUUCAUUGAAGAACGUGUCCAGAAGAUCAUUGCGCUCAAGAACAAAGUUUGUGCUGACAACGACAAGGGUUUUGUCGUCAUCAACCAGAAGGGUAUUGAUCCGUUUUCUCUGGACGCUCUGGCCAAAGAGGGCAUCGUUGCCCUGCGCAGGGCAAAGAGGAGGAACAUGGAAAGACUCACUCUGGCCUGUGGUGGUGUUGCAAUGAACUCUGUGGAUGAUCUCACUCCAGAAUGCUUGGGUCAUGCUGGUCUUGUCUAUGAACACACACUGGGCGAGGAGAAAUACACAUUCAUUGAGAAGUGUGGAAACCCUCGUUCAGUGACCCUGCUGAUCAAAGGCCCCAACAAACACACCCUGACACAGAUCAAAGAUGCUGUGAGAGAUGGUCUGCGUGCGGUCAAAAACGCCAUUGAAGACGGCGCUGUUGUUGCAGGAGCUGGGGCGUUUGAGGUGGCUGUGGCAGAUGCUUUGGUGAAGCACAAACCCAAAGUGAAGGGCCGAGCUCAGCUGGGUGUGCAGGCGUUUGCUGAUGCUCUGCUCAUCAUCCCAAAGGUCUUGGCUCAGAAUUCUGGCUAUGAUCCACAGGAAACUCUUGUGAGGCUGCAGACAGAAUUCAAAGAGUCUGCUCAGCUCGUUGGGGUGGACUUGAGCACAGGUGAACCCAUGGUUGCUGGCGAGGCUGGUGUUUGGGAUAACUACAGUGUUAAAAAGCAGCUUCUUCACUCGUGCACGGUAAUUGCUAGCAACAUCCUCUUGGUAGACGAGAUCAUGAGAGCUGGUAUGUCUUCACUCAAAGGCUAAAAUACUCAAGCAUGCCAACAACCUACGGGAUGAAGAAGGGCUGCAGGUGGCCUGUAGCUCAGCGUCUAGACGCCCCGAGUUCCGAGCUAAGCGCAUCCUGUCUGGAUUUGAACAGCAGCGACAAAUGCCUCUCAUUACGUGUCUGUUCAUUUUGUGUCCAGUAGCAUUUUUAUGCCCCCAUGGAAUUGUCGCUCUUCCACCAGUCAAUUGGGUUAUUUAUGAGAUUUCGUUAUAUAAGGCACUGAACUGCGAUACACACUUUUUCUUUGUUCCCAUUAAAUGUUUUGGUUCACACAAA